AUGAGCCAAGAUGCCGGCAAACAGCUGUUGGACUUGAUAAAGAAUCCCUACAGUGAACAGCUGCAAAAGAACUCCGUCUGGGCCGCCUUGGCCACUUCUCUCGGCGUCACCGUCGCCAUUGCCCUGACCUUCUCCUUUCUUCGACCCUACAACCAGUCCGUCUACGCGCCCAAGCUCAAACACGCCGAUGAGAGAAAUGCCCCUCCGCCGAUAGGCAAGAAGAUCUGGUCAUGGAUCCCGCCGCUGUGGAAAACGACCGAGACGGAACUGGUUCAUCAUGUCGGCAUGGACGCUACCCUCUUCCUGCGUUUCGUCCGCAUGUGCGUCUACAUGUUCAGCACCAUCUCUGUCUUCUGCAUCGCCAUCUUGAUCCCCACCUAUCUGUCCAACCGCGCUCAGGACAUUGACGGUAGCUGGCUCGAUGCCAUCACACCCAUAGCCGUAUGGGGCGAUGCGUACUGGGCCCAGGUUGCCGUCGCCUACAUGAUCACCUUCACUGUCAUGGGCUUCCUGUGGUGGAACUACCGCAAGGUUUUGCUGCUCCGCCGCAAGUACUUUGAGAGCGAAGAGUACCAGAACAGUUUGCACGCGCGGACGUUGAUGCUGUACGAUAUUCCCAAGGACAGAUGUUCGGACGAGGGCAUUGCGAGAAUCAUCGAUGAAGUCGUGCCCGCUUCUUCCUUCUCCCGCACUGCCAUUGCCCGAAACGUCAAGGACCUUCCAAAGUUGAUCGAGCAGCACAAUCAGACGGUCCGCAAGCUGGAACAAGUGCUGGCCAAGUACAUGAAGAAGCCCGACCAGCUCCCGGCAGCCCGUCCAAUGUGCAAGCCCUCCAAGAAGGACCCCUCGUUCGCCACGUAUCCCAAGGGUCAAAAGGUCGACGCCAUCGAGUACCUGACGCAGCGGAUCAAGGAGUUGGAGAUCGAAAUCAAGGAAGUCCGGCUCAGCGUCGACAAGCGGAGCACCAUGCCCUACGGGUUCGCCAGCUAUUCCGACAUCGCCGAGGCUCACAACAUCGCCUACGCCAGCCGCAAGAAGCACCCGCAUGGCGCAACCAUCACCCUUGCCCCGCGCCCGAACGACAUCAUCUGGGACAACCUGCCCCUCAGCCCCUCGGUCCGCCGGUGGAGACGUAUUGUCAACAACCUUUGGAUCGCGCUGCUCACUUUCGUGUGGAUUGCGCCCAACGCCUUGAUCGCCAUCUUCCUCAUCAAUUUGAACAACCUUGGCAAUGUGUGGAAGGCGUUUCGGAUCGAGCUUGCACGGGACCCGAAUUGGUGGGCUAUCGUCCAGGGUAUCGCGUCCCCUGCGCUAAUGUCGCUUGUCUAUCUCGUCCUUCCCAUGAUCUUCCGUCGCCUGUCUAUGAAAGCCGGUGACCAGACCAAGACGGGUCGCGAGCGUCACGUCAUGGCCAAGCUCUACGCUUUCUUCGUCUUCAACAAUCUCAUCGUCUUCUCGCUCUUCAGCGCUAUAUGGUCCUUUGUGUCCGCCGUCGUGUCCGAAACAAACGAAAAUAGCACCGACGCCUGGCAAGCCAUCAUCGACCAGAACCUUGCGACCACACUCUUUACGGCCUUGUGCAAAGUCAGCCCUUUCUGGGUCACCUGGCUCCUCCAGCGCAACCUUGGCGCCGCUAUUGAUCUCGCCCAGCUCUGGACCCUCAUCUACAGCUUCUUUGUGAGAAAGUUCUCGAGCCCGACGCCCCGAGAGCUGAUUGAGCUCACAGCGCCGCCUUCGUUCGAAUACGCCAUGUACUACAACUAUUUCCUCUUUUAUGCGACGGUCGCUCUGGGCUUCUCUGGCAUCCAGCCUUUAGUCCUGCCGGCUGCCACGUUGUACUACGGAAUCGACUAUUGGCUCAAGAAGUAUUUGCUGCUCUACAUUUUCGUCACCAAGACGGAGUCGGGAGGCAUGUUCUGGCGUGUUCUCUUCAACCGCAUGCUGUUUGCCGUCUUCCUGUCGAACUGUGUCUUUUUCCUCAGCGCCUGGGCUCGAGCCGACUGGGCCUACCAUAGCCAGGCCUUGGCCAUUGCCCCUCUGCCCGUUCUCCUGAUCGUCUUCAAGGUCGUCUGCUCCAAAGUGUUUGACGAUAAAAUUCACUACGUCUCGACGACCAACGUUGCCAAACACCCCGAGGCUGGCAUGCAGAAGGAGGCGCGCCUGCGCAGCGAGCGCUUGGCAUCGCGUUUCGGCCACCCUGCGUUAUACAAGCCGCUCAUCACGCCCAUGGUGCACCAAAAGGCGCAACCUUACCUGCACAUCGUUUACAAAGGUCGUCUCUCGGACGGACGUGAGGUGAACGCCGGCGACAUGAUGAGCGUCUCGGGCUACUCGGACACGUAUGCAAUGGAUCCCAUGAACUCGGGCAAACCCGGCAAGUCCGCGAAUGUGCCCGGCUUCGAGUUCGUCUCGGAGUCGAACCUCGAUUUCGAAUUUUACAAGAACAGAGCAGAGUUCGCAGAUGAGCAUGGUCAGGGAGAUCUAUUCGGCCGUGACCCUGACAUCAUGCGUCCGGGCACGCCCGGAUCCAUGUCCGACUUCGGCUCCCGCCCCGGAACCCCUACCGGUGCCCCUUUGCAGGGCGGCAUGACCGGUCAGCAGCGGCGCGAUGUCUCUGGCCAGUCCGGAUUCUCGGCCUACCGUCCUACCCCGCCUUCCGGCUACAUGUCCCCCGUCGGCAGUGGACAGCAGUCCCCGACGAGACUGGGCUCACCACAGGCCGGCUUCGCUCAACAGGCGACCAUGGGUGACCGGUCGCGCAGCCCAUUGUACAACAUCAACAGCAACGGGAGCGACACGGCGCUCGUUCGCAAUGCCGCAGGCAUGCCCAUAAGCGCGCCGACGCCGGGCCCUACCGUGGGUGUGCUGGGCGGCGGACCGAGGGGGUAUAGUGGACUCCCGCAGGCCGACGCAGACACGUUCGACCAGGACCCGACCCAGUACGACUACUUCCGCGGGUCGAGACGCCCCCCCAACGACGGGUGGUGA